UUAAUCAUAUGUCAAAAAAAACCGCCGACUAUUGAAACUUUUUCGCUAACUCAAUAAUUUUUUAUUGGCUUGUGCCUCGUUUUUAAAUUCCAUGGCACUAAAUUAAUAUAGUCAAAAUGGGUGACGACUUGAUUAACGACACUGAAAAUACCCAAACGCAGACGCAAAAUUCGCAAGUUGAUUGGAGUCAACCUACCGCACCAUCUUUUCCUAUUCCGAAUAUUUGGGGAAGGCUGUACUCCAUAGCCGGAAAACAUUGUUGGCGCAAUGGUGUUAAAGAGAGUCCAGAAUACUUUGAUCUCAUUCAACCUGAAUUUACACUUGGCAGGGCUCCAACUUGUACAUUUAUUAUGAAAAAAGAUCUCAUCAAAGACGAUAUUAUUAAAAGUGUUAGCAAACAACAAUUUGUGAUAAGGAGAGACCUUAAGGAACCUCUCAAUCCUGCUAUAAUAACAGAUUUAUCAUACAAUGGCACUUUUAUAAAUGGUGCAAAAAUUGGGAAAGGAAAUAGCAGAGUGCUUGAUGACAAUGACGUUAUAUCUGUAACACAUGAAAUUGUUAAAAUUUUUUUGUUUAAAGACCUGUUAAAAAAUGAACAAGACAAAGUACCUAAAGAAGUAUCGCAAAAGUAUUAUAUUUCAAGAGUGUUAGGACAAGGAGCGUGUGGCACAGUAAAACUUGUUUAUGAUAAAGUGAAAUGUAGUAAAUAUGCCAUGAAAGUUAUAAAAAAAAGUCGGCUAUCCAAUGGACAGGUGAAUCAUUUAAAUGAUCCAGUAAAAAUUAUGAAUGAAGUCAGAAUAAUGAAGGCUUUAAAACAUCCCUGUAUAAUAUCAACUGAAGAAGUAGUUGACUCUCGAGAUGCCAUGUAUAUUGUGAUGGAACUCAUGGAAGGUGGUGAACUGUUUAAUAGGAUCACUAAGCGGUCUCGCUUGUCAGAACGACACACACGGUUCUUGUUCAGACAGAUGGUGCUAGCUGUCAAAUAUUUGCACUCACAGGGCAUCACUCACAGAGAUCUCAAACCUGACAAUGUGCUACUUGUGAGUGAAGAUGACGAGACACUAGUUAAGAUCACUGACUUUGGUCUAAGCAAAUUCAUACGCGAAGAUAGUUUCAUGAAGACAAUGUGCGGGACUCCACUAUAUGUGGCUCCAGAAGUGCUAAGGGCGAAUGGCCACAAAAGCUAUGGGCCAGAAGUUGACGUUUGGAGCUUGGGUGUUAUAUUUUUUGUCUGUCUUGUGGGCUAUGUGCCGUUCUCAUGUGAUUACUACAAAGAUAUGACCCUUCAAGACCAGAUCCUCAGUGGAAACUACUACAUGUCGCAAGCACACUGGCAGGGUGUCAGCUUGCAGGCCAAGAUGCUUAUGAAAAGAAUGCUGACUGUUAACGUUAGCAGACGGAUCACCCUUGACCAAAUCCUUAAACACUGCUGGAUGCAGGACCCUGAUGUUGAUCUAAGAAUUGAAAACUUGCUUUCACUGGCACAUGCAAAAUAUAGCCAGAUUUCAGCAAAAACAUCCAGUAGCUCAGAUGAGGAAAACAACAAUGGCAGCCCUGUCACUCUUUUAAAAGCUAUUGCGAAUAAUAAAAGAGCCUUGAGCAACAGUUUCAGCUCGUGUGAACCAAUACCAAAGAAAUUUCGAGUUGCCAUUUAUCCUAGUAUUGGUCACAAUGACGAUUCAAGCAAAACUGAUAGCUACUGUUCACAAGACUCAUAGACUUUAUAGGUUUUAAAUUGAGAAAAAUUACCUGAUAUGUUGAGGAAAAUCACUAGUGCAGGUGACCCCUGGCAUAUUUUUCUGUGUUAUCUAUAACGUUAUGUGUGCAAGUUUUAAUGUGAUAUUGCAUAAACUGAUGUAUUGUUAUCAAAUAUUGAUAAAUCUGAAUACCUGCUUAUUUUAUUAUAAUUCAUUACACAUUUUUUUAAUUCAAAUUAUUUUAAAUGUCCAUUUUAUAUUAUCUUCACAUCAAGAAUGAUGUUAAUUCCAUUUUCGCUGAAAAGCUUGUACGUUACUACUAAGAGAUGUUUACUAAAAAGAGAUGGCUAAUGAAUGUGGAGAAAAAUUUAAAAGCCAUGACUGAGAACACAGAUUCUUACAAAAGGAUCACAAGUUCAAAUCUAAGGCAGGCACCUUGUGAUUUUACCGACUUAUGUGUGCAAAUGCCUUAUCUCAUGUGAUAUAUUAUUAAAGUUUCCUCUGAAACAGUGUAGCUAUAGAAUAUUAAAAGCGGUUGACUUAAUUUGUUAAUAAAUACCCUCAAUAUUGUUUGGCGUAACAGGGUAUGACUGAUAGUUGUUGACAGUAUUUUUAUUAUAGAUAUGAAGUGUAUUAUUUGAUGUAUCAAUAUUGAUUUUAAUUCGUAAAUUUAAGUCCAGUGUGAUGAUACUACUUAAUAUUUGUAAGUUGUUGAUUUUUUGUUAUUGAUUUGACAAUUUUAUUUUCACCCAUAUAUGAAUAUUUUUAUAGUUUCCGAGAGGGUGUAGGGUGUAUGUAAUUUUGACAUGUGGCUUUGUAAAAAGCUAGAAAUUUGAGUAGAACAGCAAUUUAUUAUGCACCUUUUUUAUUUUGUGUCUAAAAAUAACUUAAUUAUCUCCUAUCAUCUUAGGUAUCUCUAGAAUCUCGAGUCAUUUAGUUUAUUAUUUAAAACUCAUAUAUAAGAAUGACUAUCCUACAAACACAAAACUUAAAAUUGUCUACAUUCUCUUGGUUAAUAUUAUAAGAUAAAUCACUGACGUAAAAUAUAAUGUCUGUAAAUAAAAUUUUUCUGAAUCUCACGUCUGCCUUUGCGUACUUACGCCAGGCAAAUAAGUUUUAUUUGUAAAAUAUUAUACAAAAACGCAAAAUGCUUUUUACGUAAUUUCUUGUUGAAGUCUUCAACUUUAAAAUGUUUUGAUAAAGAACCUAACCUAACUAACGCUUGUUCUAUCUGGUAUUUACUUGUGGAAUAUGGUGUACAUAGUGUUCUCCAAAAUGACCGCAUUUCAUUCAAAAUCGACUAGAGUUAAUUUUUAAAAGCUUUAGGAAAUUAAAAAAUGUCUUACUUAAUAGUUCUAUUCUACGUCAGUGAUUAAUGAAUUUUUAGUUAAAAUUUGUAAUAAUUAUAUAUUUUUGAAUGGUUGCUAAUAACUAUCACUUGCUGAUAGUUUGACGUUUCGUAGCGUUUUUGACGUAAAUUAAGUACAAUUUACUAAAAAUAAUUCACUUUGAACCCACCGAAUGUGCCAUUAUUAUCAUGUUAUUACAUGAGAUUGUUUUUGGGUGAUUUUUAAUACAAUAAAAAUCAGUUAUGAAAAAUAAAUUA